AUGGCCGCGAUACAGAAUUUUAAGAACUUCCUGCGCCAUGGCAAGCAGGCCCGCCAGAACGCGGAGCCCACGACCAAUGUCUCCAAUGUCCACGCCCAGUCGCAACAUCAACGGUACAACCAGCACCCGGACCCCGUACAUCAUGGCAUCUCGGAGCCGGUGAUGGACCACAAGCCGCUCCAGAAUCACGCUGCCCCCCAUGGCGACUACUCCGUCGGCGCUGGCGCUGGCGACAACCGCAACAUUGCCGCCCAGGCAGGCGACGCCGCUGCGCACGCCGCCGGCAAGGAGCACAAGAAGCAGGCCGCUGCCAAGGGCGCCGGCGUCGACCCCCAAGUACUUGAGCGCAUCGUUGCAGAGGAGCGCGAGGCCAAGGGCAAGCUGCCGAGGUAUCCCGGCCUCGAGCGAUGGACGCUCCUCGAGAAGAUGGGCGACGGCGCCUUCAGCAACGUCUACCGCGCACGAGACACGACCGGCCAAUGGGACGAGGUCGCCAUCAAGGUCGUCCGCAAGUUCGAGAUGAACUCACAGCAGGUUAGUAUCACCCCUCCUGCCCUCUUCCUCCUUGCCCAUUUCCUAGUCACCCCUAUCCUACACGUUGAACAGUUGGGUGUUUUUGGACGUUACCAACGCGAGGCCGGUAGAGCGAACAUCCUCAAGGAAGUACAGAUUAUGCGCCAGCUCGACCACCCCAACAUCGUCAAGCUCAUCGACUUCUCCGAGUCGCGGCAGUACUACUACAUCGUGCUUGAGCUGUGCCCCGGAGGCGAGCUGUUCCACCAGAUCGUCCGUCUGACGUACUUCUCCGAGGACCUGUCCCGCCACACCAUCAUCCAGGUGGCCAAGGCACUGCAAUAUCUGCACGAGGAGGCAGGUGUUGUCCACCGAGACAUCAAGCCUGAGAACCUUCUCUUCUACCCCACACCAUUCAUCCCCACCCGCAACCCAAAGCCGCGGGGACCGGACGAUGAAGACAAGGCCGACGAGGGCGAGUUCGUCAAGGGCAAGGGCGCCGGUGGUAUCGGCCUCAUCAAGAUUGCCGACUUCGGUCUCAGCAAGGUCAUCUGGGAUACGCAGACCAUGACACCGUGUGGUACUGUCGGUUACACCGCCCCUGAGAUUGUCAAGGAUGAGCGCUACUCCAAGUCUGUCGACAUGUGGGCGCUUGGUUGUGUGCUCUACACGCUGCUCUGCGGUUUCCCUCCGUUCUACGACGAGUCCAUCCAGACCCUCACAGAGAAGGUCGCCCGCGGCCAGUACACAUUCCUGUCACCAUGGUGGGACGACAUCUCCAAGUCUGCACAGGAUCUCGUCUCCCACCUGCUGACAGUCGACCCCGAGAAGCGCUACGACAUCAACCAGUUCCUCAACCACCCAUGGAUACGUGAAGCCGACGAGCCUACCUACUCCGCUUACGACGCACCACCGCUCGCCACACCCGCCGCCAAGAAGGAGCGUCUCCAGCCAGACUUCUCCCACCUUGAGUCACCGGGUGCCCGCCGCAUGGACUUCCGUUCGCCUGGAGCCGUCAACCUGCGAGAAGUGUUCGACGUCAGUUACGCUGUACACCGACAAGAAGAGGAGGGCAAGCGGAAGAAGCAGUUCAAGCAGGGUUACCGCGGCGCCAACGCCAUGAACUCGCUCAAUGCGCUUGACGAAGGUGAGGAUGAUGACGAGUACGCCGCCGAGUCUGCACCAUACGACCCAGCGUCGCAACAUCCGCCCGCGAAGCUUCCCAAGUCUCAGGGUGCCGAUGUAUCCGGCAUGGAGCAGAAGAUGCGCAACACCACACUAUCCGCUGCCGCCCAAGCCCGUCAGCAACAACAAGCACAACCGCGCCAGCAAGAACGCGGCUACGGCCAACACUCCCCAGCUGUUGCGGCCGCGGCUAAGCGCCAAGUCAGGAACAAGGGCGCGUUUGAGCUCAACAUGGACAGCUCGACAUUACUCGGCCGCCGCAACAAGAAGGGCCCCGAGCCUAGCGGUCUGAGGAACAACAUCUCCGUCCAAUGA